AGGACGUAGCACCAGUUGUACAGGAGUAGCUCAAAGUGUGGGGUAAAACGCGCAGUUCCGUGACACUCUUAGCGGAAAUAUGGUGGCCAGGUCAGUCACGUGAGCCGGAAGUGGUAGUAAAGUCGCCGCUGGGUCACGUGGAGGAGAUGCCGGUUGCUGUGCAGCGUCACGAUGUCGGGCCUGUCUCUCCCAGCCCGGCGAUGAGUGCGGUGGAAGCGGAGGCCAAACCUAGGCGGGCGGCCGUCCUCCACGAUGAGCUGGUGGAGAGUGUGUCGCUCUACCGCCGCCGGCACUGGCUGCUGCACGGUACCCUCGGGCCCUUCGCGGCGCUGUACGUCGCCUGGCUGUACCUGUGGGUGUGCCGCUACGGGGUCAGCCAGUACCCGGAGGCGGGUCUCAUCGCGCUCGCCGCACUGGGAAUCGCCCACAUCCUCACCGUAUUGUCCGGGCACUGGUCAGUGCACGCACAUUGCCUGCUUACCUGCACCGCGGAACAAAGUCCUUUCAAAGCAACUUGGGCCAAGGUUGUUCCUACUCCUAAUAAUGGGUCCCCUGAAUUGGUGCCGCUUCAACAUGACCAGGACAAGAAUCAUCAGAAAAUCAUCUCUUUUGAGUUUCAGAAGAUUAAAUACUGGUAUGAUGAAGAUGAAAAUGAGUUCCUUUCAGUGGCUUUUCCAGUAGAUUUUCAACUUCAGUUUUACCAGACUGCCAAGGGAUUCCAGGAUGAAACAGAACUGAAAGCUGCUGAAAAGAAAUAUGGUACAAACAAGGCUGAAAUGGUGGUUCCUGAAUUUAUGCAACUCUUCAAAGAGAGGGCCACAGCUCCUUUCUUUGUUUUUCAGGUGUUCUGUGUGGGUCUGUGGUGCUUGGAUGAGUACUGGUAUUACAGUGUCUUUACCCUUUUCAUGCUGGUGGCCUUUGAAGCCUCCCUGGUGCAGCAACAAAUGAGGAACAUGUCAGAGAUCCGGAAAAUGGGCAACAAGCCCUACAUGAUCCAGGUCUACAGGAACAGGAAGUGGAGACAGAUCUCAAGUGAUGAGCUCAUUCCUGGUGAUAUUGUUUCAAUAGGUCGUUCACCUCAUGAGAAUUUGGUCCCCUGUGAUGUUCUGUUGCUCAGAGGGCGAUGCAUUGUAGAUGAAGCUAUGCUAACAGGAGAAUCUGUUCCACAGAUGAAGGAACCAGUGGAAGAUAUUGCUGCAAAUCACAUACUGGACUUGCAGUCCGAUUCAAAGCUGCAUGUAAUAUUUGGGGGAACGAAAGUAGUUCAACAUACUCCACCUCAAAAAUCUAGUGCAGGACUCAAACCUGUGGAUAACGGGUGUGCUGCCUAUGUCCUGAGGACUGGUUUUAAUACUUCUCAGGGAAAAUUGCUGCGGACAAUCUUAUUUGGAGUCAAACGAGUUACUGCCAACAAUCUGGAGACUUUUAUCUUCAUCCUUUUCCUUCUCAUCUUUGCUAUUGCUGCAGCUGUUUAUGUCUGGGUAGAAGGCACAAAGGACCCAAACAGAAACCGUUACAAGUUGUUUUUGGAAUGUACGUUAAUCCUAACAUCUGUUGUUCCACCUGAGCUCCCAAUUGAAUUAUCACUGGCUGUCAACACUUCCCUUAUUGCCUUGGCUAAACUCCAUGUGUAUUGUACGGAACCUUUCCGAAUCCCCUUCGCUGGGAAAGUCGAAUUCUGCUGCUUCGAUAAAACUGGCACUCUAACAAGUGACAACCUAGUGGUCCGAGGUGUUGCUGGACUCAGGGAAGGAAAAGAAUUAGUCCCAGUAUCUGAGAUUCCCCUGCAGACGCACCGAGUGGUGGCAACAUGUCAUUCACUGGUACAGAUGGAUGAUGGGACAUUAGUUGGUGAUCCUCUUGAAAAGGCAAUGCUAACAGCAGUUGACUGGACACUCACAAAAGAUGAAAAAGUUUUCCCUAAAAGUAUCAGGUCACAAGGUCUGAAAAUCCACCAGCGCUUUCAUUUUGCCAGUGCACUGAAACGUAUGUCGGUCCUCGGCUCCUAUGAAACAAUGGGUUCCACGGAUCUCCAGUAUUUCAGUACGGUGAAGGGAGCACCUGAGACAUUGCGUAGCAUGUUCUCUGAGCGACCUAGUAACUAUGAUUAUGUCCACACUGAGAUGUCGCGAGAAGGAGCAAGGGUGUUGGCCUUGGGAUAUAAAGAGAUGGGAUAUCUGACUCAUCACCAGGCACGAGAAAUAACCCGUGAGGAUUUGGAAUCAAACCUGAAAUUUGCUGGUUUCAUUGUUGUCUCUUGUCCCCUUAAGAGUGAUUCAAAAGCCGUGAUUAGAGAGAUCCAGAAUGCAUCACAUCAGGUAGUUAUGAUCACUGGUGAUAACCCACUGACGGCUUGCCAUGUAGCCCGUGAACUCCACUUCAUCCAGAAAGCGCACACUCUUGUCCUCCAGGCACCACAGAAUGAAGAUGCUACAUGGCAAUGGGAGUCCAUUGAUGGCACGAUUACUGUUCCCAUGAUAACACAAUCCAGUGAAUUAACCCAAGACUACAACCUGUGUAUGACUGGAGAAGGCCUUAAUUACCUAGUUACAGUGGACAAGCCAUUUCUGAUGAAGCUUAUGCCUCACAUCCAGGUGUUUGCCCGGGUUGCACCGAAACAGAAGGAGCUUGUAAUCACCAGUUUUAAGAGCCUGGGUUACACAACGUUGAUGUGUGGUGAUGGAACUAAUGACGUUGGAGCCUUAAAGCAUGCUGAUGUUGGAGUGGCCUUGCUAGCCAACACUCCCGAGCGGAUUCCAGACAAGAAAAGGAAGACAAAAGAUGGGAUAAGCGAUGGGAAAUCCUCUGCUUCUAAUGCAGGCAGCAACAUGAAGCUAAGCUCUCGAGCAGCAAGGCAGCGGUUCAUGUCACAGCGAGAGGAACAGCUUGCUCUGCACCGGGAGCGUCUUAACCAGGUGCUGAAAGACCUAGAGGACGACCAGAUGCCUAUAAUUAAACUGGGAGAUGCCAGCAUUGCAGCACCAUUUACUUCUAAGCUGUCGUCCAUUAUGUGCAUAUGCCAUGUAAUAAAGCAGGGGCGGUGCACAUUGGUGACCACACUACAGAUGUUUAAGAUCCUGGCCUUGAACGCCCUGAUCCUCGCCUAUAGUCAGAGCGUACUGUACCUGGAAGGGGUUAAGUUCAGUGACUUUCAGGCCACACUCCAAGGACUGCUUUUGGCCGGUUGUUUCCUCUUCAUCUCCAGAUCCAAGCCACUGAAGUCCCUGUCCAAGGUACGUCCAUUGCCAAACAUAUUCAACUUGUACACCAUCCUCACGGUCCUGCUGCAGUUUACAGUCCACUUCAUCAGCUUAGUAUUUUUGUACAGGACGGCACAAGAACACUCCUCCUUCAGGACAGAUGAAUUUGUGGAUUUAGACAAAGAAUUUGAGCCGAGCCUCGUGAACAGUACUGUCUACAUAAUGUCCAUGGCCAUGCAGAUGGCCACCUUUGCCAUUAAUUAUAAGGGUCACCCGUUCAUGGAGAGCCUGAGGGAGAACAAGCCUUUGCUGUGGAGUAUUGUUAUCUCCGGCCUUGCCAUUGUGGGCCUGCUCACCGGCUCCUCGCCAGAGUUCAACCAGCAGUUCGGGCUAGUCGAGAUCCCAAUAGAGCUGAAGGUGGUGAUUGCGGGAGUCCUGGUGGCUGACUUCCUGACAGCACUUGCGAUAGACCGGACACUGCAGGCAUUGCUGGGCAGCAGCAGAUUCCGUGUGCCUUCCUGAUACCCGAGCUCACAGAGACCUGGGCAUUAAGCCACUCCCACAGGUGGACUUUUAACACACCGAUGGUUUUCUUAGAUGGCUUUUGAUACAAAGACUGGUAUUUUCAUACCUAAACAAAAACAAUUUGGUGAGGAAACAAUAAAUCCAUGUACCAUCUGCGAGUGUUUGUGAAUUCUGAGCCACUCAGUUCUUCAAACUUACAAACUAUGGAAUGUGAAAUUUUCAUUAAUGCUGCUCUGCUUUUGUUUUAUCACCUCCAUGGUAAAUAUUCUGAAUGCAUUUCAUAUAAAGUGGAAGGUUUUCCUGGUCAUUAUCUGCAGUCAAACACAGCUGCUGAGGCCUGGGUAUUCCACAAGGUGGGGAAUAUGGAUUGUGUCCCUCCAUUCUGGGCCUCUUAUCCACCUGCUCCAUUCUGUGCUCCCUGCUGAAGGCUGAAUCUUCAGUCACCAGACUUGCACGAACCGGGGAGAGCAUAUUAUUAAAAGGUGUAUCUGUCUGGAUGAGUAUUGAACCUUGUCUGAUCACACACCUUUAAAGCAUUUUGGUGUGUUUUGCAGCCGUGUAAAGUGAGAUGUCUGCUGUUCCCUAGUAUAUUCCCAGCAUAAACCUGGACCCUGCUAUCUCUGGCUACUGUAUAAGAUGGCGAUGCACAGAGAUGAAGUAGUUACUCCAGCUCACGAUACUGGUGCUAUUUUUAAAUUAGUGUUUCAAAUUUUCUGGCCAGGGAUUUCAGUUAUCUGAAGCUCUUGUACAUAGAGUGCCACUGAACUCUUAGACAAAACUACAUUUAAUCCAGCAGCAGCAGAGUUAGUAGUGGUGCUUAACAGACUAGGGAUUCUGUGGACAGUGACCUUGCCUUGGCAGCUUAGCCAAGGAAGCAGCAGACGCAGGCGAUGUGAGAGGAAACAGAAACAUGGCGAGAGAGCUGGGGUGCUAGCUAGCUGAGCGUUAACCUGACCAGACAGGCAGUACCAUCACUUUUUCUGGCAAAUAUCCACGAGCUAGAAAAUAAAAUGGACUUGCUGAGAUUGAGAAUGAAUGCACAGAAAGAUGAGAAACUGCUUCAUUCUGCCUUUCACCGAAGCAUGGUUAAACAACAUGCCUGACGGCGUUUCAACUUGAUGGGCUGACUGUUCCGUGCAGACAGGAACUCCCUGGCAGGAAAAUCCAAAGGAGGUGGACUCUGUGUGCCUUGCCAAAGGUUGGUGCACAGACUCCUCUGCAGUUAGCAGUCACUGCUCUGGGAAAACUGAGCAUUUUACAAUUAAAUGCCAGCCCCAUUACCUGCUCAGGGAGUUUAAUGUGAUGUCUACAAACCUCCCCGCCCCUCUCUCCCCCCCCCACCCCCCCACCAAGCGUGAAUGCUAAGGACACACUAGGAGAGCAUUACAGCAUCAUCACUAUCUAUAAAACAAGCAUCCAGAUGUUCUCCUCAUAAUUGCAGGAGAUUUCAAUCAUAUUAACCUGCAGGACAUUUUACUUAAAUUCCACCAACAUGUCACCAUGGUUUCUAGGGGAGCAAAUAGACAUAGUACUUAUAAAGUCAUACCACAGCUUAACCUCGGCUUCUCUGACUACAUCUCCAUAAUGUUAAUCCCAGCAUAUCGACUGCUACUGAAAAUGGAGAAACCAGUUGAGGACAUCAGUGUAUGGCCUAAUGAGGCAAUAUAUGCUCCAGGACUGUUUUGAAUGGAUGAACUGGCAGGUGUAUAACGAGGCUGCACAAACUGAGAAGACAUCUAUCAUCAGCUGCAUCAGUAAUUCUGUGGACAACGUUGGCACCUCAAAAUGCUCAUCUCGUGGCUCAACCAGGAGCUCUAGCUGAAUGCUGAGGUACGCUUCCUAUUAAAAGCUGGGGACAUUACCAUCCAGUCUGGUGACAGAACAGUUCCCGGAGCAGCCAGGAGAACACUUGUUCGAUUAUCGUCAAGGGCGUUACUGACUACACAAGGGAAAAGUGUCAACUACCAGUGAUGCUUCGCUUCCUGAUGCACUAAACAAUUUGUGCAUGCUUCAAGGCAUGCAAUGCAGCCCCGGCCUCAAACGAUGUCCCCUCCCAGAUAAACAGCCACCUUCUGAAGCAGCAGCAGAUGUGGAAAAUACUCUGCAGAGUCAACCCCCAUGAGGUGGCCAGGCCAGACAACGUCCAGGCUGAGUACUCAGGCAAUGUGCAUAUGACCCCACUGGUAUCUUCAGUACUUUGCUCAUCCAAGUUGCUUUCCCUACAUGCUUCAAAUGAGCCACAGUCAUUCCUGUGUCAAAGAACUCUACACCUUCAGAGCUAAAUGACUACCACCUGGUAGCACGAAAUGCCAAUCACCAUGUAGUGCUUUGAACAGCUGAUAAUGGCACAUGUCAGAAACGCCACUCCUGUCAUGUUGGACACUCACCAGUAUGUUUCACUAACAGAACCACUCUGCGACAGAUGCCAUUGCAUCCGUCUUGCACUCUGCCCUGAGACACAGAACUUGUGUCAGAAAGCCAUUGCUGGAUUAUAGUUCAGCUUUCAACAUUUACAGAACUGGGAGAACAAACUCCUACUCCUUGGUCUAAUUACACUACUGUGCAACUAGGUGUUGGACUUUCUAACCAACAGACUUCAGUCAAGAUGCACAACCACUCCUCCCUCCCUAGGUUGUGUACUGAACCCAUUGCUGUAUGCCUUGCUCACAAAUGAUUAUAGGGUUAAGCACCUAAGCAAUCAAGUUUGCCAAUGACGUGGUGGGGCUCAUCAAAAACGAUGAGGAAGUGAAGGAACUCGAGGCCUGGUGCUAGGCAAAUGACCUCUCCCUUAAUGUUAACAAGGUAAAGAAAGUUAUUGACUUCAGGAGAUUCGCACCACCCCUUUUUACCUCAACGGCACAGCAGUGGAAACUUCAAGCAGUUUUAAACUCCCAGGAGUCCACAUCACACACACAAUCUCUCAUGGUCCCAGAACACACCCUAUAGAGAAGGAAGAUUACCUAUGCCCUUCCUGGGGAGGCUGCAGAGAGCUGGAUGUUGCACAUCCAUACUCGUGUCAUUCUACUGAUAAUGCAGUAGAGAGCAUCCUAACAAGCUGCAUCACUGCCUGGUGUGGAAAUUGCACUCCAGUGGGUAGGAAGGCUCUAAAAUGCAUCACUGGCACCAGUCUACCUGCCAUCAAGGAUGUACAGAAAGGUGCUGGAAAUGGGCCAGCAACAUGAAGAUCCCACCCACCCACCCUGCUUAUAGACUGUUUGUCCACCCCCAUUAGGAAGCUAUGUAGCAUGCAAACCGGGACCACCCGACUCAAAGUUACUUUCCUCCAGCAGUAAGGCUGAUCAACACCUCCACCCACUACUUUAUUUUUGUCCGUCUCCUUAUGUGCAGCCUAGUGUCACUUUAUGGGCAUACAAUCUAUGUAUAUAAGAUAUGUAUUUAUAUUUAUUUUUAGUUAUUGUGUUUUUUUCUGUGCUGCGUCGGAUCUGGAGUAACAGUUAUUUUGUUCUUUAUAUUUGCGUACAGGAAAUGUCAUUAAACUUUCUUGAAUCUUGGUGUAUGCACACUAGUUGGCAGAAUGUACAAAAUAGUUCUGACACUGGGGAGAUGUCCUUCCCCAGCUCAUGAAGGUACUGAUUACUUGCAGUGACCAGCAGUAAAGGAAUACAGCACGACAUUUGCCAAAAUAAAACAUUCUAAAAAACAGUACCAUUUUGAGGAAAAAUCCGGGAUUUAAAUUCCAAAUUUAACUUCAGGUGGUAAUGAAAGUGUAACUCUUCGGUUUUACAGAACCGCCAACCAGAACAUUUCACUGCCACCUGGUGUGGCAACUCAUUAUCAUGGAGCAAUCUGUUUGUGUAAUGGCCCAGGUGAUAUUUGAAGUAUCAACAUCCAGGACCUUUCAUAGCUAGUUGGAUUUCAAAUUAUCAAAAUGUUGGCAGAUUGCAAGACAUCGCUUCCCUCAGCAGUGGGAUUGUCCUUUGUUUCUAAUCUCUGCUGCAUGCAUGUUGCCUGUAGUUUUUAACUUUAGCAGGCAAGGCCAGUUCCCAUGAUCCUAAUGACCUUUCCCAUCUCCCACUGGGUUUGCCUGUAUCCAAAUCAUGAUUUUGCAUCGAAAACAAAACAAUUCCACAUUCUUGGAAAAAAUAUUUCAUUUUGAACCACUCUUCUUCCAAUUCCUUCACUACUUCCUCUUUCAAACCUGUUGAUUUCCUCAAUUCCAUAUUUGAUUUCAAAUUACAACUGUGCUAUUUGUGAUGGUAAAUAUAUUAUGAUUAGAAUAUUCUUAUGCAGUAUUCCUUACAUUGAUUAACAUUGCUGUUGGACUUUGACAUGUUUGCUAUGGUGUUUCCUAAGCACUUUACAUUACCCAGUCCAUGGGUAGGGCCCAUUCCUACCAAAUAGAUUGUAACCACACUACCUUGAACAUUGCCCUUUUCUCUUUAUCAGCAUUGUCAUCAUUUGAGUCCCCAAAUAUGUUUUUGUCCCCUCCAUACAUUGCUCCUUGCAGAGGACACCCGUAUUGAUGAUAACAGUAUCUACUUCUCUUUUACCAUCAACCUUGGACCUCUACUGGUUAUGUUGCUAAACUGCCUGAUAUGUAGUUAUGGAUUGUGUGCAUGUUCAAGGAUUUACUAUAAAGCAUGCAUUUGUUAUAACAGCCCUAAUGUGGUGUUUCACAAAAACAGUAUCCAUAAAGCAUUGACAUUGAAUCAGAACAGAACUGUUGACAGAAGUGUGUAUGUGAAAAGAAGCUGGAGCCAUAGGGAGAGCCAGAGCUUGGGGCCUUGGUAACCAAGCUUACGACAUCAUUGCUGGAGCAGUGAAAUUAGUAACGUGGAGCAAGGUAGAAUUCGUGGCAGUGAGGAUGUUGGAGGGUUCCAGAGCUGAAAGUCCUUAAUGAAGAGAAGGGCGUGGUAAAGCAUUUUAAAAAAAAAUAGUAAUUGUAUUUAAAUAUAAUAUCUUAAUUGGAAAAUAAUGGCUCUGGCAGUCCUGAACCUGUGUGAAAACCAAUGAAUGCACAGCAGUAUUGAAUUGCUUGCUCUGUGAACAU